GGAGAGCUUGGAAUAGAGGCAACAUGACUUUACCACUCUUACCUGGGAACACAUUCAACAGGAAUUUAGGAAAGGAAAAAUUUCAUAAAUCUCAUCAUUUUGACUUUCCAAACGAUGUCCCAACAAUGGUGGGAGAGGAGAAACCUGGCAUUGGUGGUGAACCAUUGCUUGGUCAAAAGCUGAAACCUAAGUUCAGUACCUUUCCAAAGGGACAUGGCAGCGAUGCACCAGCAUGGGUUGUCUUUGACAAGCAGGUGCUUUGCUUUAAAGCCUACUUUCAAGAAAGUGUUCAAGAAAGAAGAGAUGAACAGUACCGAGUAAGAAAGUGCAAGAUUUACUUUUACCUGGAAGAUGAUACAAUACAGGUUGUUGAACCAGAAGUAAAAAACAGUGGCAUCACACAAGGAACUAUUAUUCAUCGUCACCGCAUUCCACUUCCGCCUCCAAAUGAUGAUCAAUUUUACACAGUGGGUCACUUCAACAUUUGUCAAGAGAUUGUUUUCUAUUCCAAGACAUUUAUGAUUGUAGACUGUGAUCUGUUUACAAAAAAAUUUCUGCAAAAAAUGGGCGUUAAACUGAACCCACCUGGCUGCAUUCCUGAAGAUCCUUACACUUCAAAACGGGAAGAAAUGGAAAAAAAUAUGCAGCCCCUUCGUCCUUAUGAGAAGAUUGACAAACUUAAGCAGUUUCUGGAGCAUGAUACACAUGUGCUGCGAUUUUACUGUUACUGGGAUGAUUCAGAAUCUCUGUUUGGAGCAUUCAGAGAACUCAUUUUGCACUAUUUCUUGGCAGAUGACACUAUUGAAAUCAGGGAGGUACUUAAGCCAAAUUCAGGUAGAGAUGCUGUUGUAUUCCUCCAUCGAGGCAAACUACCAAAGCAUGUUCCAGAUCGGUUAUAUCAUCCUGGUGAAAUUACAGAUCGCACAAUACUGAACACUACUGCACCAUCAACGCAUGACAGCCGCUACGUCUUUGACAGCCUUAAGACUGGAAGUGUGUACCAGGAGUUCUACAAGGACUGUGAUCUAAUGAUUGGGACAGUGAUAAAUGCCUGGGGACGAAAGAUAGUUCUCUGCGAUUGUGAUGAGUUCACAAAAGAAUACUACCGGAAUAAAUAUGGUGUUGUGGACUUCACACCAGUCAAAUACAAGUCAAAAUCAAUCACCACAUUUGAAAGAGAAAUCCCUCCAUACAAUGGCUUUGGAUCAGAGGAGGACUCAUUCAAUUCAACCCUAGGUCUGGUACCCAAAGCACCACAACGUAGUAUUAUAAAAUUCAUGGAGAAGGACAGACAGGGAUUGGAAAGCAACGUGCUCCGGUUCAGUGCCAGACUGAUUACAGAUGAUCCAAUCAACAUUGAACGGAAAUUUGUGAUUUCAUAUUUUCUGAGUGAUGACACCAUUGCUGUUUUUGAACCUCCUGUUCCAAAUUCAGGUAUUCCUGGUGGUAAAUUUUUAGAAAGAAUGAAAAUGAAAAUACCUGGCCAAGAACUUUUUAAGAGUGAACCAUCUAAGUACUAUACUGAACAGGAUCUGUUCAUUGGAGCUCGGCUCUGCCUCUUUGGGAACUAUUUUUGUCUGGUAGAUGCUGACGAGUAUACUUUCAGUUACAUGGAAAAGAAUGCAGAUGAAUAUCAAAAGGCUAAUAUUUGCACAAUUCUGACAAAGCUCAAAACAACUGGAGAAACACAUUCCCUAGAAAUAAAAAGGAUGCUUUCAGCUCAUGAUCCUCAAAGGACUGGUAUUAUUAAUUAUGAUGAUUUCAGGAAUAUUGUGAUUCAGAUUGGAGAAGGAUUGCUCACUGAACAUGAAAUCAUGACAAUUGGACGCUACUAUAGCCUCCGUGAACAGCAAAAAACAGACAUUUGUCUCAUUCUGCAUGUUGUCCAAGAGGCAUUGAGAAAGGCCACUUUUGAGGACUUUACAAAAAUAUCUGAGGCUUUCAUGUAUGAGGAUCGACAAAGACUUCAAGCAGAUCAUGAAACUCAAGACUGGGCACUGAGUCACUUUGGGCCAUCAGCAACAGAAUCAUCCUCAAACUCCAUCUGCAACAUCAUGGACUGGCAUAUCCCUGUGGAAGAUGUGUUUGGUUGUGGCGUUCUGCUGGAGUUGUCUGAAAUAACGGGAAAUGGUCCUUUGACUGUGGAGGCUGGUGGGGUGAAAAGUGAGGGCAAGUGGAACCCAAUCACACUGUUGUGA